AUGACAACCUCCGCUCGGCGGGAUCCCACACCACACCCACCACCAUUUUUACUAACUGAUAUUACAGCAAACGCGAAGUGUACCGACUGUGAAGAAGUAGGACAUUUCAAUAAAAACUAUUACAAAUGCAAGUUUUAUAAAGGAGCAGCCGCUGAUGAUGCCAGUUAUGGUCCUUCUUUGCAGCACUUUGAGUUAACUCUUCACGACUUUACUUUACCAGAAGUAGCAAAGGAUUAUCAUCCAAUUUUUGUUGACCCCGGGCGAAAGUCUGUAUUCACCGCUGUGAGUGAUUUAAACGAGCCUAGGUACCCAAUAAUCCGCUGCAGUACUAAAGAGUAUUAUCAUCUUACUGCUUCGACUGUUUCUUUCUACCCAGCAGCAAUUUUUGAAAAGUCAAAACGGAAUCAAGAAUUCCCACAACCAAGACAUCAAACCCGGAGCAUUUUUUUAGACUAUGUUCAAUAUCUAUUUGACAACAUAAAUACUUUAUUUAACUUUUACAAUUCCAGUACUGCAAAAAAAAUGCUUCCAACUUUAUCAAGGGAGGCAAAAAGCACAAGAAACUAUGAAAAACUGAACAAAUGGAGGCCCAUCAAAUACAAAGAAGACAAGACGAAGGUUCCUCUGAUAGUAUUUGGAAGUGGAAUGUUCAAUAAGGAACACCAACAAGAUCAGGACGCUCAGAUGUGGGGUCACAAGCGAGAAGCGGCUGGACAACUUAUCACAAUCACAAUUGACGAGUUCCGAACAUCCAAAGUAUGCAGUAAAUGCCAAACUCUAACCUUGAUGCCAGCCUCGCCUGUUACUGGAUUGAGUGUGCUGGCCCGUUCUUCUUGCCAUACUCUUCUUUGUCAAAGAGACAUUAAUGCCUCCCGAAACAUGAUGACAAUCUCUAUCAGCAUUUGGCAGGGACGAGAAAGACCAACACCUUUUCAACGCACCACUACCACCACCACACCACCACAGUCAUCACUGUAA